AUGGAAAGUCAACAUCGAGGACCUGUCGAACCGUUACGAACCUCAGACUCCUCAACGACAUGGCGCAUGAACGAGGAGCGGCAGAGUAUUCUACAAUGGGCAACAACAUCCGUCUAUACUUCUGAGAAUGGGAAACUUACCUAUUACCGCUGCAGUCGAGCAAUGCCGUUCCCUAUGUAUGCACUCACCCGAGGAGGGAGAUCGAAAAAGUCCACACGGUAUUGCACCGCAUUCUUGAAGGUACUCGAAAGUGAUAGCAUGAUCACAGUCACAUUCUGCAACAAGCACUUCGGUCAUGAAGAAGAGCCUGCACUGUUAAGGCUCGAUAAGGAUUCAGAGAGAUACAUUGUUGGACUGCUUAGAGAAGGGUACAACACGAAUCAAAUUUUACGAAAAAUCAGAACGGAGUGUCGAAAUCAGGAGAAACGCAUGCGCCUGUACUAUACGACAGCAAUGGACGUGAGGUGA